AUGGCCCAUCCACGUGGGCCGCGUCCCCGACGAGGUGGCCUCCUGGUCCGAGGGUACAUCGGCGCCCUGGGCCCCACCAUUCAGCGCCGGCAGGACGAGGCCGAUGAGGCGGGCGACGACGGGAGGACGGCCGAGAUCGCCGAUAUCUUCUCUCCGCACGUGAUGACGCAGGUCGACAAAUUGAGGGCCGCGGGCAUCACGGGCAAGGGUAUCAAGAUCGGCAUCGUGGACACGGGUGUGGACUAUAAGCACCCCGCGCUGGGCGGCUGCUUCGGUGAGGGCUGCCUCGUGGCCUACGGCCGAGACUUUGUCGGCGAUAACCUGGACAAGGGACCCCUCAUGGUGCCCGAGCCCGACGACGACCCCUGGGACUACUGCAACGGCCACGGCACGCAUAUCGCCGGCAUCAUCGCCGCGCAGCCCAACCCGCUCGGCUUCACCGGCGUCGCACCCGGCGUGACCCUCGGCGCCUACCGCGUCUCCAGCUGCUCUGGAAUCGUGCACUCCGACAUCUACGUCGCCGGGUUCAACCAAGCCUUCGAGGACGGCAGCGACAUCAUCACGACCUCGACCCAGUUCAAAUCCAAGUGGUCCGAGGACUCCGUCGCCGUCGUCUGCCAGCGCAUCAACGACGCCGGCGUGCCCUGCAUCGCGCCCAUGGGCAACGACGGGCUCGACGGCCUCUUCUCCACCGGUAGCCCCGCCGUCGGCCACGGCGUGGCCGCCAUCGCUAGCGUCACCAACGUCGACUACCCCAUGGUGCUCAAAAAGGCGUCUUACGUCACCGAGGACGGCGAGGAACAUGACUUCGGCUUCCGCCCCGGUAGGUUCGGCGACUACAAGACCAUGACCAAGCAGCUGUGGCUUCUCGAUGAUGAGACCACGGGCGACUGCACGAGGCUUCCGGAAGACACGCCCGAUCUUUCCGAUUACAUCGUUCUAGUAACCAUGGAAGGCUGCUCGUCGUACGACAAGGCCUCCAUGGUUAUGGACUUUAGAGGCCGAAACCUGCUUGCUUACAGCAACAACUUUACCACCUCCGAGCUCAUCGUGUACCCCCUCGCCGUCGACGGCCUCGGCAUGGUCACCCAAGGCCAGGGCGAAGAAUGGCUCCGCCUCCUCGCCGCCGGCGAAAAAGUGACGCUCCACAUGACCUCGGUCAGCAGCGCCGAGUACAUCGUCUACAGCCCCAAGAACGACCUGAGCCACGGCUACGUCGGCACCACCUCCUCAUGGGGCCUCGGCCUAGAACUAGACAUCAAGCCGCAGUUCGCCGCCCCCGGCGGCAACAUCCUGUCCACCUACCCCAUGAACAAGGGCAACUACACCGUGCUCUCAGGCACCUCCAUGGCCAGCCCCUUCGCCGCCGCCGUGUACGCCCUCAUCGCCGAGGCCCGCGGCACCACGGACCCCACCAAGCUGCGCAACGUCAUCGCGUCCACGGCCAACCCCAACCUCUGGUUCGACGGCAAGUCGCUCGCUUCGGCCCUCGCGCCCGUGGCCCAGCAGGGGGCCGGGCUGAUCCAGGCCUACGACGCCGCCUACGUCAAGACCAUCAUCGACACCGCCGGCAUCUCCUUCAACGACACGGCCAACUUCGUCGCCAGCGCCAACUUCACCAUCGAGAACACGAGCGACGAGGAAGUCACCUACGCCCUCAGCCACGUCAAGGCCGUCACCGUCUACGCCUUCCUCGAGGGCAGCGCCAAGAUGGCCCCCGUGACCCUCGGCCCCGGCGAGUCCGCCGUCGUCGAGGUCGUGCCCACGCCCCCGGAAAACGUCGACCCGGAGCGCUUCGCCAUGUACAGCGGCUACAUCGCCAUCAACGGUACCAACGGCGAGAACCUGUCCAUCCCCUACAUCGGCCUCGCGGCCAACAUGCGCGACCUGCCCAUCAUCGACCGCGGCGACCACGGCACCUAUCUCCAGUACUGGGACGUCACCAACCGUCUCACCCCGCAGCCCCCUGGCACAACCUACGUGUUCCCCAAGCCCGAGGGCGAUCCGGACACCAACCCGUCCCGCCAGGUCUCGUACGUGUCCGCGGUCCUAAACCGCCCCGCCGGCACGGCAUCCCUCUCCGUCUUCGUUGCCGCCGUUGACGAGGACACCACGCUCGAGUCGACCGACUUCAUGGGCACCGAAGUCGUCGGCCUCAUUGCUUUCACGGGCAUGCUGGCGGACGGCACCGUGGUGCCCGAGGGAGACUACGAAUUCGUCUUCAAGGCACUCAAGAUUCUCGGAGACAGGGAGAAGGCCGAAGACUGGGAAACCUUUACCGUGGGCCCCUUCAAGCUCACCUAUGGCGAGGCCGUUCUCGCGACCCCUCCUACAGACCCCUUCCCGCUCCCUACCGGCGGAGCAUGGCUCCACGGAGACGAGAGGGAGAUUUGUUGUCUCCGCCAUGCUAUCCUCCCCACGUUGUCCGAUCUCGUGCCUGCGUAUUUUAACCUCGACAAACCAUCUCUCCUCUCCCUCCGCUCCGCAUCCCGCCUCCUCUCCGCCCUUGCACUCCCAUACCUCGCGCGCCUCCUCGCUCUCGAAACCAAAUGUCCGUCCACGGGCCCCCACAAACCCUAUCUCGCCCUCGCCGCCCGCGGCUGCUUACACGAGAUGAUGGCCGCCAUCCUGCCCUUCCACCCCGAUUCCACCGCCGGAGACGGCGCAAGCGGCGAGACGGCGCUACACGUGGCCAUCCUUAAGGGCUGCCGCACAUGCCUCGACCUACUUCUCGGCGCCGGGGUCGAGACCAACGGGGCAGAUGCCGCGGGCUGGCAGACAUGGCGGUGCAGCUGGUCAGCGCCGGAGCGGCGCUGGAUGCUAGGGGUUUCACGGCUGGACGGCGCUGCACCUUGCCUACCGGCAUGGGCACACGGAGAUUGCCCUCCGGCUGACCGGCUGCGGUGCGAACGCGGACGUUAUUGA